UUUAAUUUAAUUUGAAAUUGCUUUUGUGUGCUGAGACAUAAUGGUGCAAAGUAGAAAAAUCGAUGUGGUGUUCAUAUUCCUUCAGGAUUUUAUUUAUGUUGUCAUUAGUUGAGUCUUUCAGCAGUUUAAAUCAUAGCGCAAUCUUGAAAAUGCAACAGUGGAAAGUGCAUCGUUACUUCCUCUGUGUUUCCUACAUGCAGUUACCGGCAAAGUAGAACAAAUUUUAAACGAUAUCUCACUUAAUUGCUGGCACGAUGGAUCAACCACCGAUUCAGGUCGACAACCGCAUGACAUUUCUUGGCAGCUUUGUUCAAAAAACUUUAAAACUAAAACCGGAAAAAUGGUCAAGAAUGAUGGCUACAGAAGACCACAAAGCUGUAGUUAUGAAAUUUUUGGAACGUCCUCAACCCACUCUCCUAGUUGUGGUACUUACACCAACCGCUCAACUUGUUGCUUCAAAUGGAUUUCCCUUAGCGCAAUUAAAAACCAAAGGCGUUUACUUUAUUAAAAAAGCUCCAGUUCCUGUCUCAAAAACCACUCCCUCAGAAUCUGUAAUUGCAGGUGAUUUGUCAGCAAAAAUUAUCGAUCAGCUAGCAUCACUAGUCGAUGAGAUAUUAGUUCCUCUUUUGUCCAAUUCCAAAAACCACGAAAAGUGGCCACCAGUCAUAGCAAAAGAUGUGCAAAAACAUGUCCACAGUUUAAAAAGUACGGUAUACCAAGUCAAAGGUCACGUAAAUGGCCAAACUGUUUUGCCAAUGCCUGUUGGAAUCGACAAAGUUCACGAAGUUGAAAAAGCUCUAAUUGAAAGUAAUGGCGAAAUUUGCGAUUUGUAUCUCAAAAGUGCUAUAGAAGGAGUUGUAAUUAAAUGGGCUGCUCAGAUUAAUGAUGUUUUAGUAAAUGAUUCAUCUGAAAAAGCAGGGCUUGGACCCAAUCCCGUUCCGUCAGUUGAAUUGCAAUUUUGGAAUUUGAGACUUCAAAAUCUUCACUAUAUCUAUGAACAGCUCAGAGAACCCCGUGUUAGAAGCAUGGCCGUCAUACUAGAAAAAACAAAUAGUGCCUAUUAUAGUUGCUUCAAGAAUUUGUUUAAAAAUAUUGUAAUAUCUUUAGCUGAGGCAAAAGAUAUAUGUUUGUACCUGAAACCACUGAAAAAACAUAUUGCACUAGUUGAAGAAACCGAUUUCAGUGAAUGUAUCCCCGUACUGGCGCCCCUUAUGCACGUUGUUUGUCUUAUUUGGUCAAAUUCAAAAUAUUACGACCAAGUUAAAAUAAUUGUCCUUUUGAAGCAAAUCUGCAAUCUGCUGAUUCAAGAGGCGAAAAAAUGUCUGGACCCGACAACUCUUUUCCACAGCGAUAUUGAUGAAGCCAUGCAAAGGGUCAGUCUUUGUAUAAAAACGUUAAAACAAUUUUCGAAAAUUUUUAACUCGUAUAAAAAUAAUCUUGACCGAUUUUUCAAAGAACGGGAACCGAAACUGUGGAAUUUUCACCCCAACAUGGUUUUUCAACGAUUUAAUGCUUUUUUAGAAAGGUUACAAACAAUUCAAUGGUUUUUUAAUACAGUACUUGAAUUCACUAAAUUAGAAAAAGUUGAAAUUGGAGGAAUUAAGGGAAAAAAUCUUAGUGCAAGAGUCACGGUUGUAUUUGGAGAAUUUCAGCAGUGUUUUUCCAUAUUUUCCGGAAAAUCUUACGAUGUACUUGAUCCCGACGAUUCUUCAUUUAUUUACGACUUUGAAAAUUUUAAACAAAAAAUUUUCGAAAUGGACAUGAAACUAGCAGCAAUUUUUUGUCAAGCUUUUGAAGAUUGUUCAAACUUAGAAAGCAUAUUUAAAUUAAUUAGUAUCGUCGGUUCUGUAUUAGAAAGACCUCUGAUUAAAACUGAAUUUACCAAUAAAUAUACAAAAAUUUUAGAUAUGUUACAACAAGAAAUAAAUACAGCGGAGGCACUGUUCCAAGAACAAAUGUUGCAUAAGGAGAAACAUGGACAAUUUAUUUUAGACAAAUAUAUGCCACCCGUAGCUGGAAGUUUACGUUGGACCCUUAAUUUGUGUACACGACUUUCAAGUCCGUUAGAAUCAUUUAAAAGCCUUCAACAUCCAAUAACUGAAAGUUCGGAAGCUGCAGAAAUUUUAGAAAAAUUUGCUAAUUUAUUUAAAAAAAUUGAUACCUUUAAUGAUCAGGUAUUUAAAGAAUGGGCAAGAGUUGUGCCCCAACAAAUCGAAAGAAAUCUUAAACUUUGUUUACUAAAAAGAAACCCCAAAACGAAAGAGUUGCACUUAAAUUUUAAUUCAGAACUAUCGGCGAUUCUCAGAGAAAUUCAUUAUUUAAAAUUAAUGGGACACGAGGAUUUGCCUGAAAUAGCUAUAAAGCUGGCAGAAAGAAAUGAUGUUUUUAGAAAAUACAUAUCCAAUUUAAACUCAACAAUCGCUUGGUAUAAUAAAAUCCGUCGAACAACUAAAGAUGUUGAAUUUAAUUUAAUCGAAAAUGAAAUUGCAGAAAUCGAUGAGUUAAUUAUUCAAGGACAAAACACUCUCAAUUGGAACUCAGAAGGCUUAUGGGAAUACAUGACAAAAUUGUACAAUCUCGUUGGAAAUUUACAACAGAAUUUACAAAAAUGUCAAGAGAACCUCAAUCAAAUAAAAAACGUUUUAAUGCCAUUUGCCCGCCAACCUUUAUUCGAGAGAAAAGAAGGAAAGAAAUAUACAGUUUUGUGCAUUGAGGAAAGAGAAGAAAAAAUAGCGAAGCGAUAUUCCGAUAUCAAGAAAGCAGCAGAUCAGAUUACGGUUUUAUUACUAGAAAACAUGCAAUUCUUUCAAAUGACUGAGAAACAGGACAGCCCUAAAUGGCUCAGUUACAUUGACUUUGUAGAUAAAAUUGUUAUGAGCUAUUUAUACCAAUGCGUAGGUUGCAGUUUGGGCUACAUUAACGAACACAUGGACCCAACUAACAACCUCGCCCCGCUCUUUGAAGCCCAAUUAAUUCUAAAAGAGCCUAAUAUAAUUUUUGUACCAUCUCUCGAUGCUAAUGCUGAUGAUGGUUUCAAAAAACUCAUAACAGGUUUAAUCGACGAUAUUACUAAAAUUUCUUCAAUUGUACCAAGAUUCUCAAAGACUAUCCAAACCUCAUACCAGGAAGAAAUAGUUUCAAAUCAAGAUAUUUCCGAUAUUAAAGAUGAUAUCCUUCAAAAUGUUGACCAAGUCAUCGAGGAGGCUUACGAAUUUUGUGAUAAAUUCCAAACCUAUUCUUACAUUUGGCUCGAUGACCGGAAGAUCUACUUGGAGCAUUUUUUGACCUAUAGUAGACAAUUAACAGGUGAAGAAAUUGACUGGGUGCAUCUCAAAGACUCAGCAGCGCCAAAACCAAACCCACCAAAAAUGGAGCAAUUCCGCGAACAAAUUGACAUUUUUGAAAAUCUGUACAACGAAGUUGAAAGAAUGCAAACUGAACAUACAUUUAAUUCCUGGUUUAAAGUCGAUGUCAAACCUUUCAAACAAGCCUUACUUAAUACAAUUCGAAAAUGGGGCAAUAUGUUCAAGGACCACCUUGUAGACACUGUCACUAAUAGUUUGACCGAUUUAGGACAAUUUAUAAGAAAAGCGGAUGAAGGCUUGCAACAAACUGUCGUAGAGGGUGAUUACCAAGCCUUGGUCAACGUCAUGGGAUAUUUACUUCAUGUCAAAGAACGUCAAGCUACCACCGACGAAAUGUUUGGGCCACUACGUGAAACAAUCGAGCUGCUGAAAUUCUACGAUCAGGACAUCCCCGAAGAAGUUAACGUGUAUCUUCAAGAACUGCCCGAACAAUGGAACAACACCAAAAAAAUUGCAAUUACAGUCAAACAACAAGUCGCACCAUUACAAGCAGCUGAAGUUGUUUUGAUUCGAAAGAAAAUUGCAGAAUUUGAUACGCGAGUCCUUUAUUAUCGCGAAGUUUUCAAAAAAUAUCCCUUCUUCCAGUAUAACUGUCCUGAGCCGUAUAUUGUGUUAGACAAGGUUGAUAAAGAUUUGCGAAAGUUUGAAACUGAAAUGAAAAAUAUUCACGAAUCGGGAUCACUGUUUGAAGUAAAUGUUCCCGAUUUUAAAGUAUUGAAACAAUGUCGCAAAGAUUUGAAAAUGUUGAAACAAUUGUGGGAUUAUGUCCACAUUGUGCAUACUUGUGUCGAUGAUUGGAAAACAACACCUUGGAGAAAAAUUGAUGUUGAAAAUAUGGACAUUGAGUGUAAAAAGUUUGCAAAAGAAAUAAGAAUGUUAGAUAAAGAAAUGAGGGCUUGGAACACAUAUUUAGGGCUAGAAGCGACCGUCAAAAAUACAUUAACGUCAUUGAAAGCCGUUGGUGAAUUACAAAAUCCGGCUAUUAGGGAAAGACACUGGAAUCAAUUAAUGAAAUCUACUAAGAAUUUAGCAGCCUUACCUCCAGAAUUCACGACCAAAAUCGUGAUGGACUACAAUACGACUUUGGCCGACUUGCUCGAGCUAAAUCUACACGAGUGUGAGGAAGAAGUUAAAAAUAUUGUCGAUAAAGCAGUUAAGGAAAUGUCAAUGGAAAAAAUUUUACGCGAAUUAAACGUCACUUGGUCUGCCAUGGAAUUCGAACACGAAAUACACCCCAGAACUGGUUGCAAACUACUGCGAGCAAGCGAAGAGUUGAUAGAGACACUAGAAGACAAUCAAGUCCAAUUACAAAAUUUGAUCACUUCGAAAUUUAUUGCACACUUUUUGGAAGAAGUUUCCAGUUGGCAAAGCAAAUUAUGUCUAGCUGAUCAAGUGAUAACAAUUUGGUUUGAAGUCCAAAGGACUUGGAUGCACCUAGAAUCGAUUUUUAUGAGUUCGGAGGACAUUAGAAAGCAAUUACCGGAAGAUUCGGCUCGGUUUGAUCAAAUUGAUACCGACUUUAAAAAACUGACUGCAGAAAUGUCAAAAAUACCAAAUGUGGUGGAAUCUACGAAUAAGUCUGGUCUGCUUGCUAUUUUAGAGGAGAUACAAAAGAAUCUAACUUUGUGCGAAAAGGCUUUAGCUGUGUAUUUAGAAACAAAAAGAUUGUCAUUUCCGCGAUUUUACUUUAUUUCAUCAGCGGAUUUACUUGAUAUUUUAUCGAAUGGAAAUCAGCCCGAACUGGUGGCUAAACAUUUAACUAAAUUAUUCGAUUCUUUGGCAAGAUUGAAUUUUGGCCGAGACGAAGAAGGAAAUUUGAAUAAACUUAUUCACGGGAUGCACGCCAAAGAUGGGGAAUAUAUUGAUUUCAAUGAAACAACGAAUUGUAACGAUGCGGUUGAAGUGUGGUUAAAUCGCAUUCAAGCUUCAAUGCGAUCAACAAUCCGUCAUUUAAUCGGUGAAGGGGUUCUAUCUUAUGAAGAUAAGCCACGUGACCAGUGGUUGUUUGACUUUCCGGCUCAAGCCUCGCUUUGUGGUACCCAAAUUUGGUGGACCACUGAAGUAAAUAUAGCUUUUUCUCGUUUGGAGGAAGGUUACGAUAAUGCAAUUCGCGACUAUUAUAAAAAACAAGUGUCACAACUAAGCACUUUGAUUUCGUUGUUGUUGGGCGACUUGACGAAACAAGAUCGUCAAAAAAUCAUGACGAUUUGCACAAUUGAUGUUCAUUCUCGUGAUGUUGUGAGUAAGUUGAUUCAAAUGAAGGUGGAAAGUGCAUCGGCUUUCCAAUGGGUGUCUCAAUUGAGACAUCGGUGGGACGAGAAAGAUAAACAUUGUUUUGCUAAUAUUUGUGAUGCCCAGUUUAGGUACAGUUAUGAAUAUUUGGGUAAUACUCCCCGACUUGUGAUAACACCCUUAACUGACCGAUGUUACAUCACUUUAACUCAGUCUUUGCAUUUAAUAAUGGGUGGAGGGCCCGCAGGCCCGGCUGGAACGGGAAAAACCGAAACGACAAAGGAUUUGGGACGAGCACUUGGCAUAAUGGUUUACGUAUUCAACUGCUCCGAACAAAUGGAUUAUAAAUCCUGUGGAAAUAUUUACAAAGGACUCGCGCAGACGGGGGCUUGGGGAUGUUUUGAUGAGUUCAAUAGGAUUUCAGUGGAGGUCCUUUCGGUUGUUGCGGUCCAAGUAAAGUCAGUUUUAGAUGCAAUUAAAAAUAAAAGAACACAAUUCGAUUUUAUGGGGGAUCCCAUCGCGCUAGUGCCCACUGUGGGUAUUUUUAUAACUAUGAAUCCUGGCUAUGCUGGCAGAACUGAGUUACCAGAAAACUUGAAAGCACUUUUUAGACCGUGUGCUAUGGUCGUGCCAGAUUUUGAGCUCAUAUGUGAAAUAAUGUUAGUUGCUGAAGGGUUCCAAGAGGCAAAAAUUCUAGCCAGAAAAUUUAUAACUCUAUACACUCUGUGCAAAGAAUUGUUAUCAAAACAAGAUCAUUAUGAUUGGGGAUUACGAGCAAUAAAAUCCGUUUUAGUAGUAGCGGGAUCCUUAAAAAGAGGUGACCCUGGAAGACCCGAAGAGGAAGUUUUAAUGAGAGCUCUGCGCGAUUUUAAUAUACCUAAAAUAGUAACAGACGAUACGCCUGUUUUUAUGGGACUGAUUGGUGAUUUAUUUCCGGCUUUAGAAGUGCCUAGAAAACGAGAUGCUGAGUUUGAACGUACUGUUAAACAGGCUGCUAUUGAUUUAAAAUUACAACCCGAAGACAAUUUCAUAUUGAAAGUUGUUCAACUAGAGGAAUUGUUAGAAGUUCGGCAUUCGGUUUUUAUCGUUGGCAAUGCGGGUACUGGAAAAACUCAAGUGUGGAAAACAUUAUUUAAAACUUACAUAAAUAUAAAAAGGAAACCGGUUUACAACGAUCUCAACCCGAAAGCGGUAACAAACGAUGAACUUUUCGGUAUCAUAAAUCCGGCAACUAGAGAAUGGAAAGAUGGUUUAUUAUCUGUUUUAAUGAGGGAACAAGCUAAUUUGAGUGGCGAUAAUCCAAAAUGGAUUGUUUUGGACGGUGACAUAGAUCCGAUGUGGAUUGAGUCUCUUAACACUGUCAUGGAUGAUAACAAAGUACUCACUUUGGCCAGUAACGAGAGAAUCGCAUUAACACCAGGAAUGAGACUAUUAUUUGAGAUAUCUAACUUGAGAACUGCAACGCCUGCCACAGUUUCCCGUGCAGGAAUUCUUUAUAUUAACCCUCAAGAUCUCGGAUGGAAUCCAUUUGUAACAAGCUGGAUCGAAACAAGAACAAACGGAACGGAAAAAUCCAAUUUAAUUAUGCUUUUUGACAAGUAUAUUCCCAUUUGUUUAGAAAAUGUUCGCACUCGCUUCAAGAAAAUUACUCCAGUUGCGGAAACAUCACACAUUGAAAUGUUAUGCCACCUCUUGGAAUGCCUACUCACACCUAAUAACACACCAAAUGAGUGUCCUAAAGAAUGGUACGAGCUCUACUUCGUCUUCUGCUGCGUCUGGGCUUUCGGAUCUGCCAUGUUCCAAGAACAGGCGACUGAUUAUCGUGUGGAGUUUACAAAAUGGUGGGUGAAUGAGUUUAAGAGCGUAAAAUUUCCGAGUGGCGGUACCGUAUUUGAUUAUUACAUCGAUUCUGAAUCGAAGCAGUUUGUGCCUUGGACAGAAAGUCUGGGACGUUUCGAGCUCGAUCCCGAUGUUCCCCUGCAGGCCGUAUUGGUCCACACGGCCGAAUCAAUUCGUAUUCGAUAUUUCUUGGAUUUGUUGAUGGCCAAACGUCGACCGGUUAUGUUAGUAGGAAACGCAGGUUGCGGAAAGACUGUGCUCGUCAGCGAGAAAUUGGUAUCAUUAUCCGAAAACUAUGCGGUCACCAACGUGCCUUUCAACUUUUACACAACAUCGGAGAUGCUGCAAAAGAUUCUCGAGAAACCGUUAGAGAAAAAAGCGGGACGGAAUUACGGACCUCCCGGUAAUAAAACUCUUGUUUACUUCAUCGAUGAUAUGAAUAUGCCAGAAGUCGAUGCCUAUGGCACGGUGCAACCUCACACCUUGAUCAGACAGCAUCUGGAUUAUGGUCACUGGUAUGACAGGAACCGGCUCUCGCUUAAAGACAUACAUAAUUGUCAAUACGUGUCCUGUAUGAACCCCACAGCCGGAAGUUUCACCAUCAACCCACGCCUGCAAAGACACUUUUACGUAUUUGCAAUUAGUUUCCCAGGAAGUGAAGCCUUGUCAACAAUUUAUCAUGCAAUUUUAAGUCAACAUCUUUCAAAUAUUGAACACAAAUUUCCUUCCGUCGUUGUUAAGCUCGGAGACAAUGUUGUAUCAGCUGCUGUCGCUCUACAUCACAAAGCUUCCCAAAUAUUUCUCCCUACAGCGAUAAAAUUCCACUAUAUCUUUAAUUUGCGUGACAUAUCUAACGUCUUUCAGGGGCUACUCUUCAGCACAAACGACUGUUUGAAUCAACCCACUGAUUUAGUUAGGCUUUGGUUGCAUGAAAGUCAAAGAGUUUACGGCGACAAACUAAUCGAAGAAAAGGAUAUUGACGCUUUUAGCAAAUUACAAUUAGAUCUUUUUAAAAAGAAUUUCGAGGAAAUUGAUGAGUCAAUUGUUUUUGAAAGACCAAACAUUUAUUGUCAUUUUGCUAGUGGAAUCGGCGAGCCUAAAUAUAUGCCCAUAACAAAAUGGGAAACUCUUAGUAAACUGCUGACAGAAGCAAUGUCAAGUUAUAAUGAUUUGGUGGCUGCUAUGAAUUUGGUAUUGUUUGAAGAUGCGAUGAUGCAUGUGUGUCGAAUAAAUCGAAUAUUAGAAUCUCCUCGAGGAAGUGCGUUAUUAGUGGGGGUUGGUGGUAGCGGAAAGCAGUCUUUGUCUAGAUUGGCUGCUUUCAUUUCAUCGUUAGAAGUGUCACAAAUUCAGCUAAAGAAAGGUUACGGAGUUCCCGAUCUACGAAAUGAGUUAUCAUCCCUUUAUCUGAAAACGGGCCUGAAAAAUGUUGGAAUAAUGUUUCUUAUGACAGAUGCUCAAGUUCCUAAUGAACAAUUCCUGGUCCUUAUUAAUGACAUGCUGGCUUCAGGAGAAGUGCCCGAUAUGUUCCCUGACGAUGAAAUUGAAAAUAUUAUAGCAGGUGUCCGUAAUGAAGUAAAAGGAGCCGGCAUGUUAGACACUAGAGAGAAUUGUUGGAAAUUCUUUAUUGAUCGUGUAAGAAGACAGUUAAAAGUUGUACUAUGUUUCUCACCUGUUGGUUCAACGUUACGCGUUAGAUCAAGAAAGUUCCCCGCUAUAAUUAACUGCACACAAAUUAAUUGGUUCCACGAAUGGCCUCAAGAAGCUCUAGUUUCAGUCUCUCUACGAUUUUUACAAGAGCUGAAAGCUUUACCGGCAUCUCUACUUGAUUCUGUAUCCAGAUUUAUGGCAUACGCCCACACUUCCGUUAACGCAAUGUCCAAAUUAUAUCUCCAAAACGAAAGACGGUAUAACUACACCACCCCGAAGUCAUAUCUAGAACAAAUCAAUCUCUACUCCAAACUCCUCAUAAAAAAAAACAAUGAACUCCAGUGCAAAAUUGAACGCCUGGAAAAUGGAUUAGAUAAACUGAAAAGUACAGCUGUACAAGUUGAUGAGUUAAAAAAGAAACUCGCGAUUCAAGAAGUUGAACUUAAAGAAAAGAACGAAGCAGCUGAUGCUCUCAUCGAAAUUGUAGGUAUUGAAACCGAAAAAGUUUCAAUCGAGAAAAAACUCGCAGACGAAGAAGAAGAAAAAGUCGCAAUGAUUGCAGAAGAAGUAAGCAAAAAGCAGAAAGACUGCGAAGAAGAUUUGCUUAAAGCCGAGCCAGCAUUAAUUGCCGCUCAAGAGGCCCUCAAUACACUGAACAAAGCGAAUCUCACCGAGUUGAAAUCGUUUGGGUCGCCACCGGGGGCAGUGACAAAUGUCACUGCUGCAGUUAUGGUUCUUUUAGCGCCAGCAGCAAAAAUACCUAAAGACAGAAGUUGGAAAGCCGCCAAAAUCGUGAUGGCUAAAGUCGACGCGUUUCUUGAUUCAUUAAUUAAUUACGACAAAGAGAAUAUCCAUCCUGAAAUUAUUAAAGCUAUAGAACCUUAUUUGAAAGAUGCUGAAUUCGAACCUGAAUUCGUUAGAUCGAAAUCAGCUGCAGCGGCAGGUCUUUGUGCUUGGGUUAUUAAUAUUAUUAAAUUCUACGAAGUUUAUUGUGACGUUGAACCGAAACGGAAAGCUUUAGCGGCGGCUAAUGCAGAAUUAGCAGCGGCACAAGAGAAAUUAAGCGGAAUUAAGAAAAAAGUUGCUUCUUUGGAAGAACAAUUGGCAAAAUUAACAGCCGAUUUUGAAAAAGCUACAACUGAAAAAUUAUUAUGUCAACAAGAAGCUGAUGCCACCAAUGCCACUAUACAACUAGCUAAUAGACUUGUCGGAGGUCUGGCUAGUGAAAAUGUUAGAUGGGCUGAAGCAGUUAACAACUUUAUGGAGCAAGGGACAAUGUUACCGGGUGAUGUACUGUUAGUUACAGCUUUCAUCUCAUAUGUUGGUUGUUUUACAAAACAGUAUCGGUUGGAUUUAUUGCAUAAAAUGUGGCUGCAAUUCUUAAAAACACUAGAUCCUCCGAUUCCGAUUACUGAAAAUCUCGAUCCUUUGUCAUUAUUGACUGAUGAUACACAAAUAGCGAAAUGGCAUAAUGAAGGUUUACCCAGUGAUCGAAUGUCGACAGAAAAUGCGACAAUUCUUUCGAACUCUGAUCGAUGGCCUCUAAUGAUUGACCCUCAAUUGCAAGGGAUAAAAUGGAUAAAGCAGAAAUAUGGUGACGACCUAAAAGUAAUUCGUUUGGGCCAAAAAGGGUAUCUGGAUGUAAUUGAAAAAUCAAUUACUUCAGGAGCAACAGUUUUAGUAGAAAAUAUUGAAGAGAGCGUCGAUCCGGUAUUGGACACUUUACUUGGUCGAAAUUUAAUUAAAAAGGGCCGAGCAAUCAAAAUUGGCGAUAAAGAGAUCGAGUAUAAUUCCCUCUUCCGACUAAUCCUUCAAACAAAACUGGCAAAUCCACAUUAUAAGCCCGAAAUGCAAGCACAAGCAACUCUUAUUAAUUUCACAGUCACCAGGGACGGCUUAGAAGACCAGCUCCUUGCUGAAGUUGUUAAGGCUGAAAGACCCGACUUGGAGGACUUAAAGGCUGAAUUAACCAAGCAACAAAAUGACUUCAAAAUCAUGCUGAAGACAUUAGAAGACGAUCUUUUGUCUCGUUUGUCCUCAGCGGGCGGGAAUUUAUUAGGCGAUACAACGCUCGUGGAGAAUUUAGAAACCACAAAACGAACAGCAGCUGAAAUAGAGCAAAAAGUUUCAGAAGCCAAAGUAACUUCAAUUCAAAUUGAUCAAGCAAGAGAACAUUAUAGGCCAGCAGCUGCUCGAGCAAGUUUGCUUUAUUUCAUUUUGAAUGAGUUAAACACCAUUAACCCAAUUUAUCAAUUUUCUUUGAAAGCCUUCAGUGUGGUUUUUCAAAAAGCUAUAGCCAAAGCAGAUCCAGCUGAAUCCGUCACCGCUCGAGUAAAUAAUUUAAUUGAGUGCAUUUCCUUCUCUGUAUUUCAGUACACGACUAGAGGACUCUUUGAAUGUGAUAAAUUAAUUUUUGCUUCACAAAUGGCAUUCCAGAUCCUUUUAAUGAGCGAAGAGAUAAUGGCUGCUGACUUGGAUUUUCUUUUGCGAUUUCCGAUAAAACCGCACGUCACUAGUCCCGUUGAUUUUUUAUCGAACACUAGCUGGGGUGGUAUAUGUAGUCUGGCAACAAAAGAUGAGUUCAGAAACUUAGACAGGGACAUAGAAAAUUCACCCAAACGAUGGAAGAAACUUGUUGAAUCGGAAUGUCCAGAGCGGGAAAAGUUUCCUCAAGAAUGGAAAAGCAAAACCGCACUACAGAGACUUUGCAUGAUGCGAGCUCUUAGACCCGAUCGAAUGAUAUAUGCCAUGAUGGCGUUUAUUGAGGAAAAACUGGGGUCAAAGUACGUGGAGAACAAGACGGUGGAGUUCGCGAAAUCAUUCGAAGAAACAAGUCCAUCGACACCGAUUUUUUUUAUUUUAUCACCGGGCGUUAAUCCCUUGAAAGAUGUGGAGGAUUUAGGCGAAAAACUGGGCUUUACAUCAGAUAAACAAAAUUUUCACAAUGUAUCUUUGGGUCAAGGACAGGAAGUGGUGGCCGAGAAAGCGAUGGAAAUCGCGGCUUUGCACGGCCAUUGGGUGGUGUUACAAAACAUCCAUUUGGUGAAAAAAUGGCUACCUUUGCUUGAAAAAAAUCUAGAGCGUUUCGCGGACGGCUCUCACAGCAAUUAUCGGGUUUUUAUGAGUGCCGAACCCGCCGCAACUCCCGCCGCUCACAUUAUUCCCCAAGGAAUUUUGGAGUCGUCAAUAAAAAUAACGAACGAGCCUCCGACGGGAAUGCAGGCGAAUUUACACAAAGCUUUAUCGAAUUUUAAUCAAGAGACGUUAGAGCAGUGUGGGAAGGAAGCCGAGUUUAAAGUCAUACUGUUUUCUUUAUGUUAUUUUCACGCGGUUGUCGCUGAACGCAGGAAAUUCGGACCCCAAGGAUGGAAUAAAGUCUACCCCUUUAACGUGGGAGAUUUAACCAUUAGCGUAUUUGUGCUCUACAACUAUUUAGAGGCAAACUCGAAAGUCCCAUGGGAAGAUUUAAGGUAUUUGUUUGGCGAAAUUAUGUACGGGGGACACAUUACAGACGACUGGGACAGAAGAUUAUGUAACACUUAUUUAGAAGAACUUUUACAACCCGAUUUGGUCGACGGUGAAUUAAUGUUGGCACCGGGAUUCCCCGCACCGCCCAAUACCGACUAUGUCGGAUACCACAAUUAUAUUGACGAAAUGAUGCCUCCAGAGUCACCCUACUUAUACGGACUACAUCCUAAUGCCGAAAUAGGCUUUUUGACGACCACAGCUGACAACCUUUUCAGAACUGUCUUUGAAAUGCAACCCAGAGAUGCCGGCACGUCUGGAGGAACCACAAUUACCAGAGAAGAUAAAGUGAAGCAAAUAGUGGACGAAAUGAUCGAAAAGCUUCCCGAGGAUUUCAAUAUGACCGAAAUAAUGGGGAAAGUUGAAGAGCGCACUCCUUAUGUGAUUGUGGCAUUUCAAGAGUGUGAAAGAAUGAAUUACCUAACCGGAGAAAUUAAGCGUUCUUUGAAAGAACUCGACUUGGGAUUAAAAGGGGAACUUACAAUAACUUCAGAUAUGGAAGAUCUUGAAAACGCAUUAUUUUUAGAUCAAGUGCCUCCAGUCUGGAGUAAAAGAGCUUACCCGUCGCUGCUCGGCCUGACAUCUUGGUUUGUUGACUUAUUAUUAAGAAUUCGAGAACUGGAAACUUGGUCUACCGACUUCGUGUUGCCAGCCUCAGUGUGGUUGGGUGGAUUUUUCAACCCUCAAUCUUUACUCACGGCUAUUAUGCAAAGCACAGCUCGGAGAAAUGAACUACCAUUAGAUAAGAUGUGUCUACAGUGUGAUGUCACGAAAAAACAAAAAGAAGAAUUUACGAGCGCUCCGAGGGAAGGUGCUUACGUCCAUGGACUACAUAUGGAAGGCGCCAGAUGGGAUGUGCAAGCUGGAAUUAUAAUGGAUUCGAAAUUAAAAGAGUUAUUCCCCUCCAUGCCAGUAAUAAAUAUCAGAGCUAUAACUCAAGACAAACAAGAUUUGAGAAACAUGUACGAAUGUCCCGUAUAUAAAACAAGAACAAGAGGGCCCACAUAUGUCUGGACCUUUAACUUGAAAACUAAGGAUAAGCCGGCUAAGUGGACGUUGGCGGGCGUUGCCCUCUUACUUCAAACAUAACUCAAACACUCAAUUAUAAUUGUUUAAGAAAAUAAAUCAUACACUCGUU